AUAGUUUUACAUUUUCUGACUAUAAAGAUUACCAUGGCUUCGCUCACUUCCUGCCGCGUGGCCGCGCCUUGCAAGGCGCAGGCAACUCGCCGCUCGCGCACCAUGCCGGUCGUCCGCGCUGCCGCUAUUGCUUCUGAGGUCCCUGAUAUGAACAAGCGCAACCUUAUGAACCUGCUCUUGGCUGGUGCUGCAUCUCUGCCUGUGACCACUCUUGCUCUGGGCUAUGGCGCUUUCUUCGUUCCUCCUAGGUCGGGCGGCGGUGGCGCUGGCCAGGCUGCCAAGGACGCUCUGGGCAACGACAUUAAGGCCAGCGAGUGGCUCAAGACGCACCUCAAGGGUGAUCGCUCGCUGAGCCAGGGCCUCAAGGGCGACCCCACCUACCUGAUCGUCAACAACGACGGCGCCCUUGAGAAGUACGGCCUCAACGCCGUCUGCACCCACCUGGGCUGCGUCGUGCCUUGGGUGCCGGCUGAGAACAAGUUCAAGUGCCCCUGCCACGGCUCCCAGUACAACACGGAGGGCAAGGUGGUGCGCGGCCCCGCGCCCCUGUCCCUGGCGCUGGCCCAUGUGGACGUGAACGACGACCUGGUCACCUUCAGCACCUGGACGGAGACCGACUUCCGCACCGACAGCGCACCCUGGUGGUCGUAAACAGCGGCUGACUGGGCCGCCCGGGGGGACCCGCUGCCGCUGUGUGCUGAGCAGCUGUAGCAGCGCUGGCUGAGGCUGGCUGAGGGAAGCGCAGCAGCAGCGGGAGCGGGGUGGAGCGGGGCGAGGCGAGGAGCAAGGAGCGGUGUAGUGUGUACCGUUAGUGGUGACGGACCUCUCAUGAGCAUAAUAGGCAUCCCGUGCCCUAGCAGGGGGUUUACGUCUGCAGAAGAAGCGGGAGUGAGGGGCUGGCGGGCGGGCUGUAAAAGACCAGUGCGAGAGAGGAUUACAGGGACGUGGCGCGCUGGGGUGUGUGAGAAGUGAGUCAGCGAGAGAGCCAUCGUGCUGACAGGCAUGUGUGUUUUAGAGGCGUGGUGAGGAGAAGAUGUAAUGCUUUUGGAGAGAGCAGUUUGAAGUUUUGUGGCUGUGCGGCAAGCCCGUAGCGACUGCUGAGCGGCUGCUUGCACGGGAGUAACUACAAUCCAGACUCGUUUUUGGCCGUUACAACCACAUGACAACCCGUGAACGCCUUUGCCUUGCGAGGAUUGUCGUGUACCAUUUUGUAAUAAUACGAAACGGAA